GCAUCUUGGCAUUUAUAGUGCGUUAAAGAGAGUCAAAUUUUUACAGAGAGAUUGUAAAACAAAUGGACGGCAGAGGAGGUUGCUGCAUCGCUAGAUACGGCGGAGGCGGCGGUUAUGAUAUGUCAACGGUGGAUCAAAUCAUGUUGAGAUACCGGCCGAUCGCACCGAAACCGGCAACGAGCAGCUCACCUUCACCGGAGUUAAACGAGGUUAGCUCAUCAAGGUCAAGCAGAGGCAGGAAGAGAUCGAGCAAUACAAACGGUAAGAGGUGUAAUAAUAUGAAUAAUAAUAGGAAAAGAAAGAUUAUCACCGACGAUAAAGCAGACUCGACGGUGGUGACGCUGGCUCUGCUGCCGGAGACACCUGACUUACUCUCACCAAAACAGUCAAAGAAUAUGCCUACGUGGCUUAGUUUUGGCGGCAGUAAUAACAAUAAUGACGGAAAUACCAACCGUCCUGAUCUGAUGUGGAUGCCAGCAGAUCAUCAUCAUCACACGGUGGUGAAUAAUCAGAUGACAAGAGCGGUGAUCGGCUCAUGCGUGACAGUUGAAUGCAUAACAGACACGUGGGUGGACGCAGACGGAUUAGGGUACACAGACGAAGAAAAGAAGAUAAAUCUAGAGAGGGACACCUGUCCAGGGUUUGUAUCCGACGGUUUCGGUAGAGUGACGUGGACGAACGAGGCGUACAAGAAAAUGGCGGGCCAGGGAGAAGAAUUAGAAGGACGAUUACCAUCAAGAGAAGUAGUAGUAUGGUUGGUGAUGAAAGAUAGAGUUACGGUGACGGCAACGGUAGGAAAUAACAGGGCGUUUACGUGUAGGGUGAGAGUGCAAAACGAGAGAAGAUCAAUAACAGUACCGUGUGACGUGUGGAGAUUAGAGAGUGGGGGCUGUGCAUGGAGAUUAGACGUCAAAGCUGCACUCUCUUUGGGCUGGUAAACUAUAAAACUGUCGUUAAACCUAAACAGUAAACAACCAUUUAUACAUAUCAUAUGCAGUAUCUGUUCAGUUUAGUUGAUUAUCUAUGCAUUUUAGUGUAACAUUAAAAGAAUUGUAAAUAUUUUUGUCCGACCCUUCAAGAAGAAGACUGUAUGCAUAUUUUCUUUUGCUAGAAGAUGAAAGUGGUGUUUAUAUUUCUAACAUGUUUAGUUAAAGCUUUAUGAAUAUAUAAAAAAGAGAUCUGGGUCGUAUUGUUUU